AUGCAUCAUGAUUCUCAUUCCGGUGGAACUAUGGGAACCAAGAAAGAGGAUCGUGUCAAACGUCCGAUGAACGCGUUCAUGGUAUGGUCCCGUGGACAGCGCAGGCGAAUGGCACAGGAGAAUCCAAAAAUGCACAACUCAGAGAUUAGCAAACGAUUGGGAUCCAUGUGGAAGGGUUUGUGUGAGGCUGAAAAGAAGCCGUUCAUCGAUGAGGCAAAACGACUCCGGGCGAAUCAUAUGGCUCAGUAUCCGGACUACAAAUAUCGACCAAGAAGGAAACACAAAGUGUGUGAAUUUAUAAAUCCGUUUCCCUUAGUUGCAUUCAAGUUCAGGAUGAUAUCACGAGCCCAUUGCUUACGGAAUCGCGCCAAAAUCCUGGAAAAAGGACUCAUACGUGUUUGA